UGCAUCACUUGCAGUCCAAUCUGCGCAAAGCUGCAUAAAGUGUAAUGAACCUCGUGGCUAUGCUACGGUUGUCCAUGUAGCGCGAUUUGGAUGUAGCAGAGUCAAGUUGAUGUUGCCCAAAGUGUUGUUAUGCAGGAAUGAGAAGUUUGCAUGCAUAUCUCGCCGGUGAUGAACCUGGAAAUGCAUCGGUGUAACAUCCACUAUCAACUCUGAAAUCAGCUUGAAUGUCAGACCUGUGCUAUGUUUACUUCCUAACAUGAUUAGCUUGAUUAUCAUAACUAACAACGUCUAAAGUGGCCGAAUCCGGUCGGUGGUAACGUUAUUACAAUUAACCGUUGAUAGCGUCAUUUGUGAAUAUGGACCGUCACUACAACAGAGGCCACUUCAGCUCUGAAGGCCAUCAAAAUCGUUUUAAGCAGGAGAGGUCAUCCUUAAAAAGAGGUCGUGAACAUGACCGGGGAAAUGAAAUUAAUGCCAGACGUGCGAGACCUAAUGAGUGCGUUUCUUCCUUACAAACCAUGAGCGUUUUGCGUCAGCUUUAUGACAGAGACUUUCCUGUUUAUAAACAGCCUGUGGAAAUCGGAUAUUUUUCUUUAGAUUCCAAGCGUAAGUUUUGGAAUGACGCAAGGCAACUUCGUUAUUACGUUGAGCCUGAAAAAUGUCCCAACUUCAACCUAAGGGAUGGUUAUCGUGAUCGUUUCGUGAAGAGGGAUGACAGCAUUAAAGAGAAACUUGACCACAUUCUGCGAUGGAUUUUGGCAAAUAGGCACAAAGUGCAGUCUAAAAAUGUCACCUGUCCGGUAGGUGUAGACUUUGUUACUUGGCGUGGCCACCUAACCAAGCUGUUAACCACUCCAUAUGAGACACAGGAGGGCUGGUUGCUUGCUGUGUCCAAACUGGCUGGGACUCUUUACAUUAGUGAAGUGGAAACCGAGUAUGCCUGCAGAAACCGAGAUAACCGGACGGAAAGACAUGAGGAGAUGAUGUAUUGGGGCUACAAAUUUGAACAGUACACCUGUGCAGAUGAAGCACAGGGUUGUCCUGACUCUGGAGGGGUGGUGAACACCAAUGAAGCAUUCUGCACAGUUGUCCAGACACGACUUGCUGAACACAAGCUGCUCUUCUCAGGGGAAGUGGACUGCCGUGAAGCCGAUCUUCAAGCACCCCAAGCUCCUGCUUGCUACAUUGAGCUGAAGACCUCUGCUGAGAUACAUACCCCCAAACAACGCAGCAACUUCCAUAGGUACAAGCUUCUUAAAUGGUGGGCACAGUCUUUUCUUCCCGGAGUUCCCAAGAUUGUGGCUGGGUUUCGAGACAAUGAUGGACAAGUGGUUGACGUGGAGACAUUUAAAACAUCCCAAAUAUCCCAGCUAAUCAAGACUGAAUACAACUGUUGGAAACCAACAGUUUGCAUGAACUUCUGCAGUGACUUUCUGUCCUUUGUAAGAGAGACUGUCAGAGAGGAUGAUCCAAGGACGGUGUACUUGUUCUCGUGGGACCCACACAAAGACGUCACAUUCACAAUCCACCGAGACUCUGAGUAUUCCUUCCUGCCUGACUGGUUUGUGAAAGAAAUGACAAGGCCUCUCUGUGAGACUCCCGCUCCACCACGUACCUGUAAUUAAACUAAACCAUUAACAGACUUUA